AUGUCCCAACAGAUGGUUGAUCUGAUGGAAACGGUAUGGAAGUCCAUUGAUGGGUUGUGCGGAGCGCUGACCCAGGAGCAGUGGUCCUUGCCUACCGAGUGCCCCGGUUGGUCGGUGCAGGACCAGGUGUCUCACCUGGUCGGCAGUGAAUGCCGGAUACUGGGCCGGCCGGCGCCGGCGCACGAACCAUCGGACACCUCCCAUGUGCGCAACGAGGUUGGGCAGGGCAACGAGGUGCUGGUGGACUACCGCCGGCAGUUCAGCGGGGCCGACGUGCUGGCCGAGUUUCGUGAGAUCACCGCCGAGCGUCUGGGCGUGCUGCGCGGGAUGUCGGAAGCCGACUUCGCCGUGGAAACUCCCAAUCCCCUGGGAAGCGGUCCCUACACUGAUCUUCUGGCCGUCCGCAUCUACGACGCCUGGGUCCACGAGCAGGACAUGCGGCGCACCCUCGGCAUUCCGGGUCAUUUGAGCGGCGCAGUGGCCGAGCACGCUUACGGGCGCACCCAAGCAGCGAUGCCCUUCGUGGUCGGCCGCAAGGUGAAGCCCGAUGACGAUACGACGGUGGUGUUCGAAAUCACCGGCGACGCGGGCGGUACGAUCGUCCUGAACAUGGACGGCGGGCGGGCGAACAGGAUGGAUCCCGCACCAAACUCCCCAACGGUGCGGCUUACCAUGGGACUGGAGCCGUUCAACGCGCUGGGAACGGGCCGCUGGUCAGCCGAGCACGCCUUGGGCAACGGCUCAGUGGCAAUCGACGGCGACCGCGCACUGGGCGAACGCAUCGUCGCCGAGAUGAACUUUAUGAUUUAA